CACACGCCAGAGCCUGUCCAGCCAGCUCACCGCCGUCUUCCUCGUCCACUCAACGACAACACUUCUAAAAAAUCAUGUUUUUCAGUCGCGUUGCAUCUUUCGCCGCCCUGAGCGCGCUCGUCGGCUCUGUCGCCGCCGAGUUCUCCGUUCUCAGUCCUGGUGGGCCUAAUCUGUGGUGGGUUGCCCAAUCACAGAACACCCUCGUGUGGUCUUGCACUGACAACCCUCCCGCCACCACCUUCCAAGUUCUCCUCGCCAACACCAACGUCGACAUUUUGGUCGCUCCAAGUGCGAUCAUCUCAACGGUGAACAAUGCCGACUGCUCGCACACCAUCACUCAGCAGCAGACCAACCUCAUUCCUGCCACGAACUAUACCAUCAUCCUCGCUGACAUAGUCAACCAAACCCACGUCUACGCCACCUCGCAGCCUUUCGAAGUGAAGGCGCUCGGUGCGUCCUACCCGCCUGCCUCCGCAACUCCGUCGGACAGCGGAUCCUCCGCGUCCGCUUCGGCCACUGCCUCAGGCUCCGCUUCAGGCUCAACCGCCUCUAGCACCUCCUCAGCAUCCUCUUCGCAGUCCUCAAGUGGGGCCGAGGGCCUGCACGCGUCUGUCGGCGCGGGUGUCCUUGCUCUUGUCGGUGCGGCGUUCGGGCUUUUCUGAUCGUAUCUAGGCAUAGUUCGGUCUGACCUGGGCGUGGGUCUCGUUACCGGGCUGGUUGUGUCUUGGUUAAAGUGAUAAUCUUUCUUUACUCUUUGGACAAGUGACACUUUGGUGGUUGUCUUCUCUUUAAGAUGACCACUUUGACCUUGCCUAGUCUUGUUCCGUUCAUCCAGAUUUUCCUUCUUCUGUGGCGCAUUGCAGAUACCAUGCGGUGAUAUCUAUACCUGUCAUUUGAAAUAACACACUCGUUUGCUAAUUAAGCUCUAAGCGACAAGCUAAUCUUAGAGCACGCUGCAUUGGAAGUCACGCCUCCAAUUGAAGCAAGACGUUGCUUUUAUAUACAUCUUAUACACAGUC